AUGAAGGCUCUCAUUCUUGUCGGAGGUUUUGGCACCCGUCUGCGCCCUUUGACCCUGACGCUCCCCAAACCCCUGGUCGAGUUCGGAAACCGGCCUAUGAUUCUGCACCAAGUCGAAAGCUUGGCUGCUGCAGGUGUGACCGAUAUUGUGUUGGCUGUCAACUACCGUCCGGAUGUUAUGGUCUCGACCCUCAAGAAGUAUGAGGAACAAUACAACGUCCGUAUUGAAUUCUCCGUCGAAUCCGAACCCUUGGGCACCGCUGGCCCCCUGAAAUUGGCCGAGAAAAUCCUGGGCAAGGAUGACUCGCCGUUCUUCGUCCUCAACUCCGAUAUCAUCUGUGACUUUCCCUUUAAGGAUCUCGCAGAAUUUCACAAGCGUCAUGGUGAUGAGGGAACCAUCGUCGUUACCAAGGUAGAUGAGCCCUCCAAGUACGGUGUCGUCGUCCACAAGCCUCACCACCCAUCGCGCAUCGACCGUUUCGUCGAGAAGCCGGUUGAGUUCGUCGGUAACCGAAUCAACGCCGGUAUCUACCUCCUGAAUCCCAGUGUUCUCAACCGCAUUGAACUGCGCCCGACCUCCAUCGAACAAGAAACCUUCCCAGCCAUCUGCAAGGACGGUCAACUCCACUCUUUCGACCUCGAAGGGUUCUGGAUGGACGUUGGUCAGCCUAAGGACUUCCUCAGCGGUACUUGCUUGUACCUCAGCUCCCUUGCCAAGCGCAAUCCCAAGCUGCUCGCCUCCAACUCCGAGCCUUAUGUUUUCGGAGGCAACGUUAUGGUGGACCCGACCGCCAAGAUUGGCAAGAACUGCCGCAUUGGGCCGAACGUGACAGUUGGACCGAAUGUCGUGGUGGGCGACGGUGUGCGCCUGCAGCGCUGUGUACUCCUGGAGAACAGCAAGGUCAAGGAUCAUGCUUGGGUCAAGUCCACUAUCGUUGGCUGGAACAGCUCUGUAGGCAAGUGGUCUCGCUUGGAGAAUGUCACUGUUCUCGGUGACGAUGUCACCAUCGCGGACGAAGUCUAUGUCAACGGUGGUUCCAUCUUGCCCCACAAGAGCAUCAAGCAGAACAUUGAUGUUCCUGCCAUUAUCAUGUAA